AAGUUGAGUUAGUUAAUCAACAGAAGCUCUACGAAAAUAUACAAAAUGAAACUUGUAGCAGUACUUUGCGUAUUCAUCGCUGUCUUCGGCGCUUCCAUCGCUCUCAAGAAUCACAUUUGCGGUCUACCGCCAGCCGGUGAUGGCAUCGGCUUGAUGAGGUGCUUUGCUAUACUUCCCAGCUGGACCUACUACGCUGCAGACAAUGCAUGCAAGGAGUUUGACUACGGUGGCUGCGGCGGCAAUUCAAAUCGUUUCGAAACUCAGGAACAGUGCGAGGCAAAGUGCAAGGAGAAUUUCCUUCAGACUCUACCUUGCUGGCGUUGUGGCUGCGUUGGCUUUGGCCUGGCUGUGGUGGUGCUGCUGGGGCCAACCGCCUGUGGCUGGGCCUGUGCCAGCGGCUUGGGCUUGGCCGUGGUCACCGCCUCAGCCAGCUUUGUUAACCCAAGAACGAGUCGGUUGUACGUAAUGCCUGGGCUAUGGCAGUUGCUCCGGCUGUUGUUGCUGUUGAUCCCGGUGCUGCUCCUGCAAAUAGGUGACGUCGAUGGCGCCUCGAAACGUGUCAAGCUGUGCCUCCAGCCCAUGGUCAGCGGUCGUUGCUUUGGCUAUGUGGAGAGCUACGCCUACAAUCCGCUCGAACGGCGCUGCGAGGCCUUCAUCUACGGCGGCUGCGGCGGCAACGAGAAUCGUUUCGACAGCAAGGCCGUCUGCGAGUAUGCCUGUCGUGAUGUCUGAUAACUGUUGGCCGAAUUAGUGUUGUUGUUGUUGUUGUUGUUGACUGAUGAUGAUUGAUGUUAAUAAGAACUAGAGCUAGUGCUAGUGCUAUUGCUAGUGCUUAUAUUCAA